AUGCCCGUAUUCGAAGCACCAGCGGUGUAUGUUCAGAAUGCAUACAACACGCUGAAUAACUACAUGAUUCACCACAUGUACCUCUCUAACCUCAUAGAUUUCCAUCAUUCCAAUGGUAAUGUAAUACCACUGGAAAGUCCCACUGUUGGAUUUCAUGUCCGUAGAGAUAACAAUGAUAAGCAAAGAAUAGUUAAUGUUUUUGAUCACAAUGGUCAAUUGAGAUACACCUUCGAGCGUUUAUCCUCGUUGAACCCAGUAUGGUCCAUGUUUGAUUCCAGCCGAAGGGAGAUAGCCACUGUACGAGUUGGCUUUUUUAGCAGAUCGAUCGAUUUCCACAACAAGCCUGGGGUGCUGCAACACAGAGAGAUCAAGACAGUAUCCAAUUGGCGUCAGGGUACCUUGGAUUACAUUAAUCUUCAAGGUAACAUGCUUGCAUGGACCAAAAACUCCAAGUUCUUGGAAAUCAUUACCAAUGUUGACGAUAACGAUGAAGAAAUCAGAGUGAGAGCCGCCCGAGUACGUCUGAUGCGUCAAUGGAAAUUUGACUUUGAGUUGGUGGUUGAUGAAUCUAGAGUCGACGCAGAGAUAGCCCUGGGCACUGGGUUUGUCUCUAUGAUGACAAGGUGGGGCGUCGGUGAUCUCACUGAUACGCGGGGUCCUACUCCAAUCGUUGCACCAGCGCUACAUACUCAGUCAAAGUCGGAGCCUAAGUCAGAGACGACGAACGGGAACACAAACAACUCGUCUUCUCCCAAUUCCAUCACACUAGUUGUAAACGAUGAUGAGAUCAUUAUUGAGCAUUAG